AUGGAGGCCAUGAGAGGCGGCAAAUUCCUCCAGAAGUUCCGGCUCUACGAAACCAGAUCGAAAUUUUAUCUUGUCGGAAGAGACAAGAGCAGGACUCUUUGGAGGGUGCUAAAGAUUGACCGGUUGGAGUCUACUGAUUUAGGUAUCCAGGAGGAUCCUACUAGUUACACAGAGAAUGAAUGUCAAGAACUACUUUGGCGAAUUCAUGAGGGAAAUAGGUUGACUGGUGGGCUGAAAUUUGUCACAAAAUGCUACGGAAUAAUUGGUUUUAUGAAGUUUCUUGGUCCUUACUACAUGGUUAUAAUUACCAGGAGAAGAAAAGUUGGCACAAUCUGUGGCCAUGAUAUUUAUUCAAUUGGCAAGAGUGAAAUGAUCGCAAUUCCAUGUCCUAUAGUCUGCCCCAAUGUGGCUAAUUCUAGGGAUGAGAACAGAUAUAAACGUCUCCUUUGCUCGGUCGAUCUUACGAAGGACUUCUUCUUCAGCUACUCUUACAACAUCAUGCGCAGUCUUCAGAAGAACAUAAAUGACAAAAAUACUGGACAUGUUGUUUAUGAAACAAUGUUUGUAUGGAAUGAAUUUUUGACACGAGCAAUGCGGAACCAUCUCAAGAAUACCGAUUGGACAGUGGCCUUGGUCCAUGGAUUUUUUAAACAGUCGAAGCUGUCAUUAUCUGGGAAGGAUUUCUGGUUGACACUUAUAGCCAGACGCUCACGUCAUUUUGCUGGAACCAGAUUCAUGAAACGAGGUGUUAAUGAAAAGGGUAGGGUUGCCAAUGAUGUUGAGACUGAACAGAUUGUUUUUGAAGACACACCUGAUGACAUCCCAAGUCAAAUAACUUCUGUUGUACAACAUAGAGGAUCAAUACCUCUUGUCUGGUUUCAGGAAACUUCAAGACUUAAUAUUAGGCCAGAAAUCACGUUAAAAUCCGAUGUGGACUACAAGGCCACCCGCCUUCAUUUCGAAAACCUUGUUCUUAGAUACGGGAACCCUAUAGUCAUCUUAAACUUAAUCAAGACUCGUGAGAAGAAGCCUCGUGAAUCUUUGCUCCGUGCAGAAUUUGCAAAGGCUAUCCAUUACAUAAAUAAGGGGUUACCGGAUGACAAACGUCUUAAGUUUUUACACAUGGAUCUGAGUAAGCUAUCUCGAAGGAAAGGCACCAAUGUGCUUGGACUGUUAAACAAGGUAGCAUCAGAUGUGUUGGAACUAACGGACCUCCUCCAUUGCGAGAUAACUACAGCAUCAAAACCUUUGGAUGCUUCAAGUGGACAAGGGUCAUGUGACAUCAAAAUCAAUGAUGAUUUCUGCGCAGCUACAAUGGUACCUCUUUUACUACAGAAGGGUGUCCUCAGGACAAACUGCAUAGACUGCUUAGACCGCACAAAUGUUGCACAGUUUGCAUAUGGAUUAGCUGCUUUAGGGCGUCAACUUCAUGUGUUGAAGCUCACUGAAGAACCUAAAAUUGAUCUGCAUGAUCCUUUGGCCGAUGAUCUGAUGGAUUUCUAUGAAAGGAUGGGUGAUACAUUAGCCAUCCAGUACGGUGGUUCUGCUGCUCACAACAAGAUCUUCUGUGAGCAAAGAGGACAGUGGAAGGCAGCAACCCAAUCCCAGGAGUUCCUUCGAACCCUUCAGCGUUACUACAAUAAUGCGUACACAGAUCCUGAGAAGCAGGAUGCUAUAAAUGUAUUCUUGGGUCAUUUUCAGCCUCAACAAGGCAAACCACCUCUUUGGAAGUUGGACUCAGAUCAGCAUUACAAUAUCGGCCGGCAGGGAACUUUAAGUGAAGAAACUGGAAGAUUCAUAAAGAGGUCGCUCUCGGAUGGAAAUAUUCUAUGUGAAAACAGUGCACCCGUGUCUGACCGUAAUGUCGGCGAAAACAACACUGCGAACUCAGAAUUACUGCCCGUGCAACAGCUGGAUGAUAUUAGAGAGCCUACUGAUUCUGCACCAGAGAUCUAUAUGUGUGAAACAAACCCAUGCCCCAGUGCAAAAUAUAGCACAAUGCCUGGAAGACACUCCAUUUCAGAGGAACGGCAGAGUUACUUGAAAAGAUUAGGUUACCCGGAGUUGCAUUCUUCAAAUUUUCUCGAUCUUGAUUUGUUAUCUUCUUCAGGAAAUUCUUGUGAUGAAGAAGCUUUUGAGAGGAAGGUUCCUCAAAGUUUCAAACUAUCAUUUACAGGUCAUCGAUCAUCCAUUCACCUUUGGAUGGUAUCAGUGUUGGAUCUACUACUACUUACAGUGAGCCAGGACACAAUGAUGAGGGAAGGGAUGACACCGACCUGUCGCGCUCAAGCAGCCAGCUGUCAGACUCCCGCGACUAUUCUGACCGUUUUGCUCAGUGGGUGGCUAAUGGAGGCAUGCUUUGCUACUAAUGCUAAAGAAUUUGUCCUGGUGGCAUCCUCAUAUAAUUUUCACCGCAGCACGAAAGCUUGA